AUGGAUGGGGAUCAGCCGUCCACGGCCCCCCCGGUCGAGCUCUCCAACGGCAAACGACGAUGGCGCCGAAAUAGAGUGGCCUGCGACUCUUGCCACACCCGUCGAGUACGAUGCGACCGAGCCUUCCCCUGCUCGCGCUGUCUGCGCAGUGACAUCCAUUGCGAAUUUACACGCGAACGACGCAAACGAGGUCGCAUAGCUCGAUCUAAAGGAAAUAUGACCAUGGCCAACGGCAACGGGGCGAGCGACGCUGGUCGCAGUCGCACGGAAGCGAAGCAGACAAAUGGAAACGGUGACCACAAAAUGUCGGAACAGGCUAUGUCGCCGCUGGAUAAUAGCUCGCCUACCUCCACCUUUCACCAGCGGUCGCCGGCGACGAACGAGAUUAGUGGCAUGUCUGCGCCUAGCGUUGAUGGGCGUCGUUCUGUGGUUGAUGGUGCCAGACCGCAGCGCCCGCCACCUGCGAAUGUUACAGAGGAAUGGCUCUCUGCAGCACACCUCUCUCCUGAGUCUUAUGACAUCCUAGGGGGUGCCCCUGCUGGUGUCACGGAGCCCUCUUUGCCGAGGCUUGAGGAUAUUUGGAAUCCGGCUGAUCUGGCUGGUCAUCGUGUGAGCCAGCGACCGCCGCCUAUACCCUCUGUGUCAGGUGGAAAUCAUUCUCAGAGUCAGCCUUCGACCUCACGGUCGCCGUUGAAGUAUCCAGUAUUGGAGCCGCUUAUGCCUUACCUCGAGGGGAAUCUGCCCCGUCGACUUGUUUGCGAUUUGCUCGAGCUUUAUUUUACUAGCGCUUUCUCGACUCAUAUGCACCCUGUAUGCCAUCAUAUUCAUUGUUUUGUGCUGAGGAAAGCUUCUUUCCUUAGUACGGACCGUCCCAGGCCUAGUAGCCCUGCCUUGUUGGCUAGUAUGCUCUGGGUGGCUGCUGUGGAUGAUCGGGCUUUCUCGUUGUCUAUAUCGCCUUUACAACGCCGGAAGAUCUGUCAAUUCCUGUGCGCUUUGAUUAUACGAUUGCUACGACCUUUGAUCCACGUUGCUUUCAAGGAUCAGGAAGGGUCUCCGCCAGAGAAUGUCAAUGCUGCUCAGGACUUUUCAGCAGCCGCAGCCUACCACCCAUUCGAAGGAGUCGGUGAUGACAAAGGACUGGUUGGCCCUGCUGGAUCUCUAGAUGAUGUGAUUACAUAUAUUCAUGUUGCCUCUAUUAUUUCAUCCAGCGAGCAAAAAGCCGCAAGUAUGAGAUGGUGGCAUGCGGCCUUUACAUUAGCCCGAGAACUUAAAUUGAACCAGGAGAUGGAAGUUCUAUCCAAUGUGGACUGUCUAAGUGACGGUUCAAGUCCGUCUUUUGGUUACCCAUUGGGAGGCUGGCCUGGCUCACCCGGUGGCAUGGGCUUUGACUACUCAAAUCCUUCGCGACCAAGUUUGAAUUGCGUAUGCGAUCAAAGCCAAGAUCCCCAUAGCAGUCCCAUCACGGAAGAACACCGCGAAGAGCGACGCAGAACAUGGUGGCUGCUGUAUAUUAUGGAUCGUCAUCUCGCCUUGUGCUACAACCGCCCCCUUGCCCUCCUCGAUGCUGAAAGUGAGGACCUCCUGCUUCCACUCGAUGAAAAUGCAUGGCAAGCAGGAGUCAUACACACGAACAGCCCCCGCCCAGAUGGCCCCCAAUGUCUCCGGUCUGGCGAUCAGAACAAACGGCGGGUCUUCCCAAACUUUGUCUGCCACGACCACUCUAUUCUUGGAUUUUUCCUCCCUCUCAUGACCAUCACUGGUGAAUUGAUUGACCUGAAUCAAGCUCGAAACCACCCCACACUUGGUGUUCGACUGCAAGGCAAAGAAGCAUGGGAUGUCCAUGUCGCUGAGGUGCUGCGCCAGCUGGAAAUCUACAAAGCCAGUUUGACCACUUUUGCCGCGGCAGACCCUGAAACUUCACUGCCAAGUGGGUCAGGUCAGCCCGUCGACGCGCAAUUGUCUCAGGCUUAUUCUUGGCACACUCAAACCGUGAUCGCCUACUCAUCCUACCUCGUCCACGUUCUCCACAUCCUACUUGUCGGCAAGUGGGACCCUGUCUCACUCAUCGAAGACAAGGACUUUUGGACAUCAUCGCCAGCCUUUGCAUCCACCAUUUCCCACGCGCUAGAGGCCGCCGACUCAGUGCAACAAAUCCUGCGCUUUGACCCCGACAUCAGCUUCAUGCCCUACUUCUUCGGCAUCCAACUCCUCCAAGGAAGCUUUCUCCUCCUACUAAUCGUCGAACGCCUUCAAAAGGAAGCAGGCGAGGGGAUCCUCAAUGCCUGUGAAACAAUGAUCCGAGCCACAGAAUCCUGCGUGGUAACCCUAAAUACAGAAUACCAACGCAGUUUUCGGCAAGUCAUGCGCAGCGCAGUGGCCCAGGCCCGAGGCCGCCCGGUAAACCCGAGUGAGAUUCGGCACCGCCGCAAAGCAGUCCUAGCCCUAUAUCGCUGGACACGCAAGGGCACCGGAUUGGCCCUGUAA